UCCUGGCGGACGUUCCCGAGGCGAGGGUCAACAAUAUGGCGCCGCCCAUGGUAGUCGUGAUCGCUUUAUCUGUCAGAUGAUCCACGUUUUAUUCAUUAAAAUUAUGCUUGUAGAUACUUUUUAAAGCAGCGACGGGUUGCGCCAUUGACGGUCCUUCUCUAUUACUGACAUAAAACCCGAAGAGAGCCGUGUUAAUGCCCGAGAAGCAGCAUGUCUGGGUCCAAUGUUUGGAGUCGGAACCGGGAGAAAAUGAGACUUUUCUCGGAACUUUUCGCUCAGUGUGCUGAAGAGGCUGCGGUGUAUGGAAGGUGUGUGUCAGCCACCACGACGAACAGAGAGGAGCUGAAGAAGGACCUGUGCGCCAAAGAGUUCCAGGCUCUGAAGAUCUGCUUCACUAAAGCUGCCAAGAAAAGAGCCAAAUGAGGGGGAGCCAUCCUGGAUUUGUUGGAGCAGAGUUCAGCAGAUCAUUGUUAACAGAUUGUCGACUUUUUUUUUACUGACUGCAUAGUAACGAGCCACGAAGAACUGCUGUUAUAUUUAAAGCUGAUGAAAACUAAUAUAAAUAAAACACUGAUGUUCUGA